CGCUUGUACUGUACAGUGUGUUUUCUAGCGAUGCUGCGAUCCUAGCGUCCGGCGAGAUACUCCUCCGCUCACAGCUCCGUGAAGUGCUCUGCAACUCCAACUACAAACAUGUCUUAAAGCAAGCCGGUAGAUGACUAGAGCCUGUUUCGCGGUAGAAUUUAGCCGUCGUAGAAUCGCUAGAGCAGACUUCGCAGCUUCGCUUUCCUCAACGCGAGCAUUAUGUUGCCUUGGAAGAAGAACAAGUUCGAGCUGAUCGAGGAAGACAAGCAGCAGUCCAAGCAGAAGGGCUAUGCCGUGAGCCUCAACUACUCCGCGCUCACUUCCUUCGCCAAAUCCUGUCCAGAAAGCGCGCUCAACAGAGUCGGGAGCAUGUUCAAAUCCAAGAGGAAAAAGGUGAAGAUCACCAGCGAGGACCCUACGUACACCGUCUUGUACCUGGGCAACGCCACCACCAUCCAGUCCAAGGGGGAUGGAUGCACAGACGUGGCCGUCAGCAAGAUCUGGGGCAAGAGCGAGAUGGGCAAGAACGGCACCAAGAUGAAGCUGACCAUCAGCUCGCAGGGCAUCCGCAUGGUCCACGUCGACGAGAAGACGAAGAGACCGGGACACCUGUAUUUACUGCACAGGAUCACCUACUGCGUCGCAGACCCGCGGCUCCCCAAGAUCUUCGCCUGGAUCUACCGGCACGAGAUGAAGCACAAGGCGGUGAUGCUGCGCUGCCACGCCGUGCUGGUGUCCAAGCCGGAGAAGGCGAAGGCCAUGGCGCUGCUUCUCUACCAGACCUCCGCGACGGCGCUGGCUGAGUUUAAAAGGCUCAAAAGGCGGGACGACGCCAGGCACCAGCAGCAGCAGCUGAUCGGGGAGCAGACGAUCCCCCUGGUGCCCCUGAGGAAGCUGCUCAACGGACAGUGCUACUACAAGCCCCCGGUGGAGCGCAGCCGGAGCGCGCCCAAGCUGGGCUCCAUCACGGAGGACCUGAUCGGGGAGGAGGAGGAGGAGAAAGCCAUGCACUUCGAGUGCGAGGAUAUUCUGGACACCGUCAGCGACUGCGUGUCCAACGGCAAGCAAGAACUAUGCCAGAUUAUCAACGACCUGGGCUCCAUGAGCAUAGGGAACGACGUGCAGACGCUUAAAGCCGAUUUGAGGGUGACUCGCCUGCUGUCUGGGGAGAGCACGGGCAGCGAGUCCUCCAUAGACGGCAACCAAGAGACCCUUUCUCUCGCCAAUGGCGCCGUGGAUGGGAAAAUGCAAGAAGUCGGCUGACCUUUCUUGAAGAGCGCUCGGGUGCACGGAUGUGCCAUUUCAUCCACUUCGACUUGAAAGCGCGACGUUAGGAUGUUUAUAGCGAGCUGCCUACCUAGACAGCGAGUUUGGGCCAGAAUCGCUGCUCUCUGUGACUACUACAAUUGACUUCCGCCUUAAGUGAACCCAAAGCGGUGCCAAAGUUACAACCUGCACUUCUUCAUCUAAUUAAUUAUUAUAUAUUAAAAAAAACAUAUUGUGAUAAUCUCCUGAAUGGAUGAAAAUACGAAUGUAAUGAGUUCAGCUCAUUGAGAGUGCCCACAGAAUGCCGUCUAGGUAGGCAGCUAGUGUUUGAGAGAUGUUUGAGGACUUAACAGACACUCGCACGAUAAUCCCUCAUUAGGGGUCUGGAUGCUCUGCGCAAUAAGACGCUUACAGUCUCUGCUUAACCUCUCUGCGGUGUAAGAGGUUUUAGGAACGAUCUUGUUUACCUAAUAAGUUUCCCGCGAGGAAAUAUCUUUUCUGUUUCACCUUUUUCUUCUUUUUUGUUGGUUGAGGAAAAGCAACAGUCCCGAAACGUGUAACUCCGAGAUCUUUCUUUCUGUCUUUCGAAAGAAGCGGUGUCUAAACUAACCGAACAAUGAGUUGCAGAACCCCCCCCCCUCUUUUUUUAUUUUAUUUUUAUUUUAUUUUGCACUGUGGUAAAAUUCGGACAAGUAUUACGUUAUUAUUAUUUAUGUGCGUAAUAUUGUUUUGCUACAUUAUGUUCUUGCAGACAUAAAUGCGUUAUCUUUGCUGUGCAAAAGAGACCAUUUUCCUGAUGUACAGAGAUGUAUAUAUUAAAUACACGACAUGUAAAACAAAAUGCAUUAUUUUUUAAACAAUGUGGUUUGUUUCUGUGAACACCAAUAAAAUCGUAAAAACGCA